GGAAGGCUUUCAGGAGCGUCUUCUGAAGGUGGUGCGCGAUGCGCGAAGUUUAGGGUCCCAGGCAGGGACACACCUGGAAUGCCAGCCAGCCCGCCGCCCCGAUGUGCGCCCGCCCACAGGACGAGGUCCGGGUGCGGCGGCGGCCAGGCACGACAACGGGCGCGCUCACGGUCGACGCCGGCGCCCCGAGGGCCGUCGCGUACAGCGCGGGCGUUGUCAACGCCAGCACAUCGGGGGCCGCCGCGGUCAACGCCAGCACAUCGACGGCCGUCGCGUACAACGCGAAGCGCAGCCGGUCGUCGUCCUGCGGGUCGAUCUCGUCUUGCUGCGACGAGGACGAGGCCCCAGCGGGGCGGCGGACGACCGAGUUCACUGUCGACGCGGGCGCCUCCUCGAAGGUCGUCGUGCACGACGCAAGCAUCCUCACAUCGUCGAGGGCUGUCACAUACCCAGUGGCGCGGCUGGGCGGCAGCGACGGCGCCGCCGGCUCCCUCGGCGUCGACGCCCCCGGCUACGGCCCCAUGCUCGUGACGCAGUCCCAGAGGGCCACAGCGUCGUCGUGGGACUACGGGCACCGCGAGCUCGGCCAGCCAUUCCGCCCAUCGUGGCUCAGGUAAUGGCUCGGCGCCGGGUGCUGACGCGGCCCUGGCCGCGCCCCUCGACGCCCAGGUGCGGAUCUCAGGGGCGUUUGCUGUUUCAUUUUUUUGUUGUUGUUUUUUUGUGCCACUGUUCCGCCGGGCGCCGCAGCCGCCAAAGGGCUGGCCGCCUCCCUGCCGACCAAUGUCCGCAGCUGCUCAGCGCGUCGCCGCCCUGGUCUCGCAGGAGGGCCGGAGAACGGCACCAGGUCCUUUCAUUCCGAACGAGGUGUUGCCGUCAAGGCGCUGAGAGGAAGACCCCGCUGCGCUACCGAGUGGCUCUGAUUGUUGGGCCGCUCCCCAGACCUAGGCCGAGGAGCCUUGCCGUGUCCGAGGCUCGCCAUGGGCAAAACAAAUGCCGUUCG